UUUUCGCUCUGUUUUCACUGUCUCUAUAGUUUUUCUCUGUAUGGAGUUCUCACUCUCCCUUUCGUCUUCUAUUGGAAUUUCAGCUGUAAAUCCUCAUUGCAAGGCCUCAUCUUGUCAGGCGAAGACAAUACCAGCUAAGCUCAAUGGCAAGAUUUCCUACUUGUCUUUGAGAUGCUCCAGAAAUGUGGUGUCAGUUGGGCUUUACAGUCAUACAAGUUGCUCAAAACAUGUUCCGACUAGGCAAUUCAAGCGUAAUCCCAUCUGGGCUUGCGGACAAGUUGGUGCUGCUGGGUCUGAUCCAAUGCUGAACAAAAUUUCAACUUUUAAGGAUGCAUGCUGGAGGUUUUUGAGGCCCCAUACAAUACGUGGAACAGCUCUAGGAUCAGUUGCUUUGGUGGCAAGAGCAUUAAUUGAGAACUCAAAUUUGAUAAAGUGGUCUCUGCUGCUGAAGGCGUUCUUGGGAAUUGUAGCUCUAAUAUGUGGAAAUGGUUACAUAGUUGGCAUCAAUCAGAUCUAUGAUAUUGGCAUUGACAAGGUAAACAAACCCUACUUACCCAUAGCUGCAGGGGAUCUUUCAGUUCAAUCUGCAUGGUUCUUGGUGAUAAGUUUUGCAAUGACUGGCCUUCUGAUUGUUGGAUCCAACUUUGGCCCUUUCAUCACUUCUCUUUACUCUCUUGGUCUUUUCCUGGGCACCAUCUAUUCUGUUCCUCCGUUUAGAAUGAAGAGAUUUCCUGUUGCAGCAUUUCUCACAAUUGCCAUGGUACGGGGCUUCCUUCUCAAUUUUGGGGUGUAUUAUGCCACAAGAGCUGCCCUUGGACUUCCAUUUCAGUGGAGUGCACCUGUGGCAUUUAUCACAACCUUUGUAACAUUGUUUGCGCUUGUUAUCGCCAUAACAAAAGAUCUUCCAGAUGUAGAAGGAGAUCGCAAAUUUCAAAUAUCAACAUUAGCAACAAAGCUUGGAGUUAGAAAUAUUGCAUUUCUUGGUUCUGGACUUUUACUGGUGAAUUAUGUUGCUGCUGUGUUGGCAGCAAUAUACAUGCCUCAGGUUUUCAGGCGCAGUUUGAUGAUACCUGCUCAUAUCUUCUUGGCAUUGUGCUUAAUUUUCCAGGCGUGGGUGUUGGAACAAGCAAAUUACACCAAGGAAGCAAUCUCAGGGUUCUAUCGCUUCAUAUGGAAUCUGUUCUAUGCUGAGUAUGCCAUUUUCCCCUUCAUCUAGAAGACCAAUCUUUACUCUUCAUAAUUUUGUUUCUCGAUUUUUUGUUUUCCACGGAGGGAGACUAGUUAUGUAAAUAUCUAAAUGACUUUCCCAUUUCAUUUAUGCAUUUUGUGGCAACACUAUCUUGUAUCAGUUCUUUCACAAAAUCAUGCAAAGAUAUAAGAAAACAAAAUUUGAUCUUA